AUGGGUAAACAUGGGAAUGGGAAGGUGGAGAAUGGAGAAAUGGGAGGAGGAGGACGGGAGGAUGGGAGAAUGGGAGAACAGGAGAAUGGGAGAAUGGGAGAUAGGAAAGCAGAAAAUAGGACAGAGACACGGGAGAAUUUUUUGGGAAGGGCAAGAGUCAACAGCAAGACACAAACAGUGAGACUGAAGUUUACCUGGGACACUGGCUUGCAUCCUGCUGGCCGAGACAUGUGCCGAAGGCACAACGGGUGUGGGCUAGUGGUAAGUCCAAGGCGGCCACCACCACGCCAAUGCAUGCAGACCAGGGUUCGGUCCGGUCCGGGUCCGAACCAAAAAAGGUGGAACCUAGGCCUUGUUUCUCCGCCAGAUUUCCGCUGA